AUGCAUUAUGGGCCACCUCCAGAGCCGUCUCAACCUCCAUCCGGCCUCUCAACGCCAGCUAGCGAAUCGCAUAAACGACUUUCAGAUCCUCCCACCUCCUGGGAUAGUCGCGGAUCUUGGGGACCUGGUCCGUGGGGUGGUGAUGGAUUCAUGAAAGGGGAACAAUUGGCGCCUAUACACUUUGGUGAUGGUCCUCCAUGGAGCGAAGAUGAGGAUCUGCAAAGUCCGGUUGUAGUCAGUUCACGCCACAGGAAACACAAAUCAUCAGCGGGGGAAUAUGGAGCAAAUUCGCGCGGCAGAGGGAGGGCGCCUAGGGAUGGGGAGCGUAGAACAAGCAUGCUUAGUCAAGAGAACUUUGAGGAUGACGCAGGAUACUUUGCAGGUACCAGUGGUGAGAAUAGCCAAAGAUACUAUGUCAAUGAAGGGGACGAGGCAGACGGACCUGGCGGAGAAUACGUUACAUAUCCUUCAGAAUUAGCAAGGCGCUCAAUGUUGGCGCCAUAUAAUGUUCCAGGGCAACGAGAUUCACAUUUUGCUGGACUUUUACCCAGUCGCUCCUAUACGGACGAGAGUGGUCAAGAUUAUCGGUCAGAGUCAGAUGCUUCGAGUACUGCAUCUUCGCCUGGCAUGGCGAAACAUGAUGAAUCGAGAUAUUCCCGCGAUUAUCAAUUCACAAUUGCAUCACCGGAUGAAGAGAUGCACGGUAAAGCCGUUGCACUGUUUGAUUUUGAACGAGAAAAUGAAAAUGAACUACCGCUGGUGGAAGGACAAGUCAUUUGGGUAUCAUAUCGACAUGGCCAAGGCUGGCUUGUGGCAGAAGAUCCCAAGACACAGGAAAGCGGCUUGGUUCCGGAAGAAUAUGUCCGAUUGCUGAGAGAUAUUCAAGGGGGUUUAAACAGUUUAACGGGACAAGUUGAGCUUGCUAGUCCUGUGGGAGGUGACUCAGGUACUCCCACUCAAGCGGAGCACAAUCAAGCAUUUGGACACAACUCAAGUUCAAGCAAUGGCAGCAAUGGAUAUCAACAACCUGUUGUAUCUACAUUCUCAACAUCUUCCAAAGAUUUACAUCCAUACCCUCAACAUCUUUUAGGCACUCAGGCUGGCCAAGCUCCACCUCAAGUCAUACAUUAUCAUGGGCAACGAGGCGGUAGUCAAGCCAAUACUCCAACUCUACCUAGCUCACAUGAAGGCCUUAUAGAGAGACCCAGCAGUGGAGAAGCAAAAAAUGGGAAAUUAGAAGACUUAUCGAGUAGCAACACGGUGCCCGUGGGUUCCACCCAAACAGAUUCGGCAACAAAAGCCUCCCCGUCAAUCGCAGUCCAAGGCCCCGAAAGUCCUCUCGGCCCUCCUAGUGAUCCAGCAAACGAGAUACACGAAACCGCGGCUCGAUGA